AUGCGUUCAAACUUUUCCAAGCGCAUUGAAGAGUCCCAAUCACGAAAGCGCAAGCAAGAGGAAAAACAGGUUGAUGAGGAUGAAGUGCCAGUGGUUUUCAAAGACGAUCAAAGUCUUGUUCAACUCCACGCCGAGACGACGGAACUUUUAAAACUCGUCAAGACUACACCAAAAAGGACCGAGAAACUCGUACAAAGUGCUGGCACUGUGGGACGAGAGACUUUACUGAAUAAGGCUGAGGAGGUCGAAAUGAGACGUUUGAUUGACGUAGGACCCGAUCAAGAUCAAGCAGUCAAUAUUGUAGAACCUAGUGCCCCAUUCUCGUUUAGUGCUGAAGAAACUCGAGUCCGUCAAGGUAAAGAUACGUUUUACCCAGACAUGCGACCAUCAAGAUACAGCGUUGAAUGGCAGAAAAGCAAGUACGAAAGGGAACGAAAUCGACAAGAAGAGAUCAAGUUACACGAACGUUUAAAACUUGAUCAACAAAUGAGAAAUAGACAACAAAAACGCGGCAUUGUGAAUCGACUUGACAAAAGCGCAACGCUGAUUCAAGCAACUUUUCGAGGAUUUUGGUCUCGUCAGCUGUGGAACAAGCGACAACACGAUGCUGAAGCUGCAAAAAAAAACAAUGAAGUCAAAACUAUUGCAGACCAGUGGCAUGAAGUUCGCGAUAUUGAGCAUAAUGAGGUCUGGUACUAUAACGCAACUACCGGAAUAAGUCAGUGGGAACCUCCUACCGGAUCAACGUCAAAUUCUGCUUUCAAAGUAUCUGCUUCGCUUCCCGUGUUGCACAAGAAAAGUAGUACAAACAAUGUAGUGCAAACUAAUCAGCAACGGCCAGUGCUUGGAACUAAAGAAUCGGACACGCUCCCAUCUCUUUCUCCGUCUUGUUCGUCUGCUCGCUCUACAGCUAGUGAUCAGGAACAGCAGUAUCAACUUUCCGGAUCCCAUUCGUCAAAAUAUGGUCAAAUCCUGACCAAUAUGCCGCAAAAUCUACCUGUUUUGAAGCCAGAAGGUAUGCCAUUGUAUUUAAAUGCAUGGGACUGCACCUCAGUGCUGUCAUCUGAGCGCAGUGCUUGGAGCGAGCAGCAACAAGAUGAUAAUCGAGAGUCGAGAAAUGAGGAGAAGGAGCUACUGUAUUGUCGAGAACGAGCCCAUUUUUCUCAAUCAAAUGAAGAACGAGAUGAUGAAGGCGAUGAUAUGAACAGCGACUGGCAGAUGACCGAUACAUUCUUUCGUGCGGAUGGGAGCAAAAAUAGCAAUCUACGUGACACAAUUCGGAAAGCACUGCACGUGUCUAAAUUCGACUCGAUUUCAUCGCUUCUAGCUUCAAAAGUUGCAUUACGUCGCAAAGCUAUAACAAAACAGUCACGACAUCGAAAUGCCUCGCUAGGUACCCGACGGGAAAUUGUUCUUGGGAAACGUGAACAACCAGUGUUUGUUGCUGUUUUGGCUCGUCCAGAGGGUAAUCAGUUUUAUUCUGAAUCUACACAAACCUUACGAAAAAAAGCGAGCAAAGUGCCACAUAUUCGCGAUCUGGCCGAUCCUGGUUUUUACGACCAAAGAGUCCGGCAAAGUCGGGUAAGAGAAAACUCUACACAGCAAGAUGAUGAUAUUGAAGUCACAAAAGCACGACAAGAAGCUGUACGAAUUUGUUUCAAUUGCUGGUGCGCUAGCAAGGGACAGCUCUGUGACUUGCAUCAAGACCCGAACGAAGCAAUACGAAAGGUGCGCAGUGCAGACAGUGCGCUUAUGUGUGGUAAUUGGGAACUGGAUCAAUUGCGACGCAAAUACCGAGCAGAAGAGAUCCAAGAAGUGUUUCGGAAACGACAGUCAUGUUUGCGGUAUGAUCAUAAAUCAAAGCAGUUCAUUACAGUCACUGAGUGUCGUCAUCCGAUUUACCGUACAAUUGAACAACUCAGUACGAAGUGGAACAAAACGAUGCGUCGAAAGUUGCACACACGCGCUUGGUUUCGAUCAUUUAUCGAACAGAUUCGAAUCAAUCAUUUACCAAAAGCAUUGCAAAGUGAUCAAUCGAAAUCUCAAUCUCACUCAUUUUUGAUUUUAAAAAACACACUUGAAAAUGCACGAUGGGUUUCCAAGUAUUCCGAAAGCGUAAGGGACUUUCAUCCCAAAGCGCCCAUAACUGAAAAGAAUUACGGAGAAUCUCACUCGCCUCCUAAACGGGAUGUCAUCAUGAUUGAUCCAGCCCGUCCGGAAAUCUCUAACUGGAUUCUUGUCACCGAGUAUCUAAAACCAACUGCACUAUACAAACCUCGCGUAUAUGAAGUACCACCUCCACGCUGUGUGCCCAUGCCCAUAGCAUCUUUUGUGAAUCGUGUUUCCCUUCCUGCCCAUAAUAUCCACAUUGAGGCUGGCCGUAAAGCUAGUUGGCUAGAAAGAGUAUCGGGUAGUUUGGCAAUAGCUGCUGUGCGCAACGCUUUGUUACAUCUUGAAAUGAGUUGUCCACUGCCUGGUUCUACGAACGUAAAGCGCUCAAAAUGCGUUCAACCAUGUGUGAUGCUCUUUGCCACCUUUUCACGCAAACCUUGUCGGGGGAAUAUGGAUAUUGGAGGCUUAUCAGCUCAACUCUUGAUCCACAUGCUCGUCACCACGUACAUUCCAGCACAAUUUGGCAAUCUGAUUGUGUUUGAUAGACAUGCCGUCUUGCCAUUACCAUCAAGCAAUGAAAAUGCCGCGUUCGCAUGUCUUGAUGUCGACUUGAUUACACCAGUAUACGUGGAACGCCCACUUGAACACGCUUUGAAUCAUCGAAGACCUCCAUGUAUCGUUUUAACAAGUAACGAAUUGUGUUCUGCAACACGUCAAUUUCCAUUAAACCGUCCUGAACAAACGGGAGAAGAAGAAAGUCAUGGAUUUCGAACGUUCUGGCUUUCAGAUCCUUUACCUGUUAGUGAUAUUGUAUCCAGUGCUUAUGUUGUACCUACAAAUGCGAUUUUAUCACCGAAUCUCGCAUCUUUGAAUCCAACGUUUACAACCCACGUGGAUCGAAAGUAUCAGUUCUGUGUCCCUACUACGCGUGCGAAUACGCCAGUUGAGUUUCUUCAUUUACUAUGGAUCGGUCGGUCUAGUCGAAAUCAGCCACAAACAUUCACAACAUUAAGCCGACAACAACCAGGUGAGUUCAUGAUCAAGGCGAAUUCAAAUGGUGCACUUGGGCCAUGUGCGACUGUUGUAUAUCGUAGUUGGGCAUAUUUGCAAGAUUCUCCGUUCGAUGAAUUUGUCACAGAAGACGGCAUUGCCUAUUGGUACGAUCGGAAAACGGGUGAUACAUUCUGGACACGUCCUAUACUACCAGCUGAAAAAUUUCGCGGUAAAGACGGCGAUAUUGACGGUGUCGUGACAACUGGAGAAGGGGAAGUAGCCACACCUGGCACUGGACUUGUUACACCACAGUACUCACAAGAGAAUUUACGAAAAUACAUUACGCAAAAAAUGGAGGCUCCAGAAGAAAUGAUGCGACGUGUGAAAUCGGUGUCAGCUAGUGCGAAAAAGCACGAGAUUGUCGUGGACAUAAUGCCUGCUGAGGCAUCAAGUGUUGUUAAAAAGGGUGAGCUUCAACGUAUCCAAGUACCACAACUUUCAAUCAAACGAGAUAGUACUCGAGCAAGAUCUGUGAAUCGUUUGACAAAAUCACAAGGUCGAAUUGCUGGAGAUUGUAGUGCUGAAACAAAAAUUGCCGAGGAAACUGCAAUGCCGUCACUGGAUGAGAAUACAAAGCAAAUGAUUGACAGUAUCACUCAAGCCUUGGAAUCAGCAUUUCCGGCGUUGAAUCAAGGAUUGGGAGCUACGAAGGGAGCGAAUGUUGACAUGCUGCAACUUGGGAUUGGUCUUGGAAUGGGCCUCGGUAUGCGAGUUCAGCAACAAAACAUAUCUCCGUCAAAGUUGAGUGCUGCACCUCGGCAACCUAGCCUCGUAUUAAACCAAGCGGACGAAGACGAGCAAAUUGAAGAUUCUGAAAGGUCUGAGACGAUCUCGGAAGUGUCGUCAAGAAGUGCAUGUUCAAUAGCAUCAAUUGAUAUUUCUCCGACACCGGAUCUUAUCGAAGUAAGUGAAGGACCUCACGUUGGAAAAAAGACACCAGGAUACAUCACCCACGCUAUGCCAGAAGUUAAGACAUUGCAAGCCCGGAAGCCUGUAGAUGAGCGGGAUAAAAACACAUUAGCUGUCGAUCGUAUUAAUGGCACUUGUGAUCAACGCCUUUCUAAUAACUUUAUGGCAGCUGUUAGCAGUACCAAAACGUGUCGAAUGUACGCCAAUUACUUACCGAUUAGCAAGAAUAUAAAUCAACCAAAAAGUGUCGGCAGCGUGCGACCUCGUAAAGCCUUAGACGAUUGGCUUCCAGUUGAAUAUUCUCCGUGGAGUGCAGGUCGAUCGUUAUUUGGGACUCAAUUUAUUGACGAUCUUAUCUUUCGUCCAGAACUUGUCAGUGAACCUGAGAUGAUGAAACCUGUAACGACAAAGGUUACAGUACAACAGGCCAAAAAGACUGACGUUGUUUCGCAAGCUGCUAAGGAAAAAGAGCAACUUGAUACUUUGUUCAGUCUUUGUCGGCACGGCAAAUACGACGAAAUUGAGUUGCUGUUGAAUAGUCCCGACUGGUCAUCUGGCAUUGAUGUCACGGAUGUUAAUGGCAACACUUUACUUUCAAUAGCUUGCCAGAACAACAAUAAGCGAAUUGCAAAGCUCUGUCUGCGUCGUGGAGCUGAUAUUAACACACAGAACCUUAAUGGUCAAUCCUUACUCCAUUAUUGUCACGAAUAUGGCUUUCACGAUCUCAUGGAAUAUCUCCUGGACAAGGGUGCACGAGACGAUUUGCUGAACAAGGAAGGCUUGACGUGUUAUGAAGGGCUUAGCCAGGAAGCUGUUGAUGCGAUUUAA